AUGUGGUCUGAAGGGCGAUAUGACUAUGAAAGAGUUCCAAGAGAACGUCUCCCUCCAAGGAUUCAUCCUGAUGCCACAACAAAAUUUCUGCAUUUUCUGCAAACUGGAAAUCAGCUAAGUUUGCGCAGCGAUGAUUAUCAUAGAGCUGUAAACAUUGUGCCCAAGAAACCACCACUGCUUGAAAGACCUGGGGAGGGUAAUUACAGUCGAUACGAUGAUUACGGUCACACUGAGUACAGAGACUACGAAGAAGGUCGCAGUUUUGCCCAUGACCGAAGAAGUGGCCCCCCACACCGAGGUGUACGUAAGGAUGAAUCAGGAUACAGAUGGCCAAGGGAUGAUCAUCCUAUAAGUCGGCAGCCUGAAUACAGGGACGUCAGAGAUGGCUUCAGAAGAAAAAGCUUCUAUCCUUCUCAUUAUAUGAGGGAGCGAUCCCCUCAUAAGAGGGACUCUCCUUUCUUCAGGGAAUCGCCGGCGAGCCGAAGGGAUUCUCCACACAGCAGAUCUGGCUCCAGUGUCAGCAGCAGGAGCUACUCUCCUGAAAGAAGCAAAGCCUAUCCUUUUCACCAGUCUCAGCAUAGCAGAAGUAAAGAAAGGACAUCAGCUCAGUCACUGAAAACAUCAAGAGAUGCAUCACCUUCAGGCUCCACAGCAGUACCAUCAUCAAAGGCUUUGGAUAAGGGCACCAGACUAUCGGAAAAGGAACUUGCAGAAGCCGCAAGCAAGUGGGCAGCUGAAAAGGCGGAGAAGGCUGAUGAAAACAAUUUACCUGAAAUAACGGAGUAUGAUGCUGGAUCUUCAGCUCCAUUAUACGUCGAACAAACAGAGGAAGCAGAAACAAAUCUAAUGGAUAGUACGGAAUUAUAUGAAGAUGGCCAACUUCUUGGUCGCUCAAAAGCAAUUGCAACUAAGACAAAGGAGAUUGAACAG